AUGAGGUUUAUCUCCUGUCAGUUGACCCUUCUGGCUAUAGUUGUGGUUACACUCACUGUGGUGUCCUGCGCUGAAGCUAAGACUACUCCGAAACCAAAGUACCAGUACACCAAGAAGCCUGUCCCUCAGAUCACCGUGCACAACCCUGUGACCACCAACAUGCCCAAGACUCUCAAGAUACUGCCGAGUGCAAAUCCUGAGGAUUCCCAUCCACUGCCCACCACAGAGAGGACCACCUAUCCAAAUCACGUCUUUCCACAGUACUACACAGAGAGCACUGAGUCCCCUGGUGUUGGCCCUGAGAACUACACCUUGGAUUACAACGAGUGUUACUUCAACUUCUGUGAGUGCUGUCCACCUGAGAGAGGCCCCAGGGGCCCAAAGGGAGACAGAGGCCUGACAGGGCCACCAGGUGAGAGAGGCCUUACAGGAGCAGCUGGUUUACCUGGACCACAGGGAGUGAGUGGUCCUAUGGGGUUAAGAGGAGACAAAGGGGAAAAGGGUGACAGAGGAAGCAGUGGAACAGGCGGGUCACCAGGAAUUCCAGGAAAACCAGGACAUAAAGGUGAUGUUGGCUCAAAAGGUGAGAAAGGUGAAAUAGGGUUGCAAGGUGUCAUGGGUGGUAUUGGGGAGAAAGGGGAACCUGGCCAGAAUGGAACUGCUGGUGAGAAAGGAGAACCGGGAAAGGAGGGGCCAGCUGGACCUCCGGGUGUGGCUGUUGAGUCAGGUGCUAAGGGAGAUAAGGGGGAUAAGGGGGAGUGUGGCACGUUCGGGGAGAGAGGACAGAAAGGUGAGCGAGGGGAUCCUGGGCAUCCUGGCAUCCCAGGAGUGAUGGGCAUUCCAGGAAUGAACGGCAAGCAUGGUUCCCCUGGUCCUGUAGGCGUCCGAGGGGAUCAAGGACCUCCUGGACCACAAGGAGAACCAGGGGUUAGAGGAUCUCAGGGACCACAAGGCAUGAGAGGGAUGAUGGGGCCAAAAGGGGACAGAGGUUACCCUGGGAUGAGAGGUGAGCGGGGCAUUCGUGGAUUCAAAGGAGCUAAGGGAUCAGGGUUUCCCCAGAAGCGCUCUGCCUUCAGCGUGGGUAUCUCUCCAAGAAAGUCCUUCCCUCCUUCUGGCUUUCCAAUACGCUUCGACAAAGUGUUCUACAACGAAGACAACCACUACAAUGUGACUUCCAACAGCUUCACAUGCGUCCACGCCGGGGUUUACGUCUUCUCCUUCCACAUCACCGUACGCAAUCAGCCCCUGCGAGCCACACUGGUAGUGAAUGGGUCACGGCGGGUAAGGACACGAGACUCUCUGUAUGGUCAAGACAUCGACCAGGCAUCCACUCUGGUGGUGCUGCAGCUGGCGGUGGGUGAUGAGGUGUGGAUGGAGACACUCAGAGACUGGAAUGGGGCAUAUGCCAGCAGUGAGGAUGACAGCAUCUUCUCUGGAUUCCUGCUUUACUCAGACAAGGCCUGA